GAACAGGUGUGGAGGGAAGGGGCGUGGUCUGGUGUAAUUGGAAGCAAUUGGGAGUCCUGUUAGAGUGCUAUGACCUUUCACAACACUUACGUUGUCAAGCAGGAUAGCAUGGAGCACAUCUCACUCUGGGGAAUUCUUUUGCUGAGUGCUCUCACCUGCUAUGAACAAAGCCAAGAGCCGCCCAGAGCUGUUUUAACUCUGCAGCCUAAACGGACACCGACGGGGAUAUACCAAGGAGAGACCGUCACUCUCCGGUGUGACAUACAGGACGACGGAGUCACUGACUGGGAGUACCGGUGGUACAGAGAUCUCAACGGCCUCGUUUCCUCCUCUAGUCAGAAUGAAUACAGUCUCGGUCCUGUUGAACCGUCUCAUAAUGGUGUCUACAGCUGUAUGGGAGUACGGAGGAGUAACUCCCAGAGGUCCAGCAUCAGUGACGACAUCACACUAACCGUGUCAUGGAUGGUUUCUCCUCACCUGACCAUGUCUCCUUCAUGGUGGGCGAAUGCUGGAGACUCAGUAACGCUGAACUGUGAGGUUGGAGAUUCGUACACAGGCUGGAGGUUCUCCUGGUACAAGGCUGUACCCUACAGGGAAGGGUUCCCCUCUUAUCCAGACAAGGACUUCUUUCCAGAGCUGCUUCCGGACAGUGACGGAGGGGCUGGAGGCUCCUACUCUCUCAGCCUGGUUGGUCUGAGUCACAGAGAGAGAUAUGUGUGUAGAGCUGAGAGAGGAGACCCAGUCUAUUACACACACUUCAGUGAUCUCCAGUUUCUCUGGGUAGAAGGUCAGUCUCCUUCAGCCUCUCUGACUGUCAGUCCCAACAGAGUUCAGUUUUUUUACAAUGAGUCUGUCUCGCUGGGCUGUGCUGUGCAGGGGGACUCUAAUAGAUGGAGAGUGAAGAGGUACUUACGAUGGGAAGAACCCAAAGUAUUGGAGUGUCCUACUGACUGGGGAUCAGUGACAGGAUCCACAUGCAUCUUCACAACUACAGAUGUCUGGUCAGACACUGGCGUGUACUGGUGCGAGUCUGAGUCGGGAGAGUACAGUAAUGCCGUCAACAUCACAGUGACCCUUAAGGGUGUGGCCCUGGAAAGCCCUGCCCUUCCUGUGACUGAGGGAGAUUCUGUGACUCUACGCUGCAGAUAUCAGGAGUCCCCAUCAAACCUCAGUGCCGAGUUUCAUAAAUGGAUGGACAAUGGCUACCUCACUAAGACUGAGCUAACAGGAGAGAUGACCAUCCCUGCAGCAACACAGUCAGAUGAAGGAUGGUACCGGUGUAAACAACUAGACCAGGGAGAAUCACAUGGGAGCUGGAUGUCUGUGAGAGCUCCAGACCCAGUGUGGUCCAUCUCUUUGCUCAUUCUGCUGUGUAGUUUACUGGUGGUUUCUAUCUUCCUGCUGGUGACCAUUGCACUGGUGGUGAAAUGCUGUAAGGCUAAAGCAGCUCGAUCAAGAGACAAGAGAAAUGAGAGAAACACCACUGACCAAGUCAUCAGUAUUGAAUUACCAUGAGAGAUUGGGGGGGGCUGACCAAGUCAUCAGUAUUGAAUUACCAUGAGAGAUUGGGGGCUGACUAAGUGAUUUGAAAUUAAGGGUAGACACAAAGUAGGGCUAGGUGCCAGCAUUCGUACCCACGCAGCAUGGGAAUAUGCUAUGAUGGUAACCAGGAAGACUUCAAGAAGACCACUGUACUCCCUCGCCCUUGUAGGUUUUCAACUUUUGUCUUUUUUUUAAUGGGCAAAAACUAAAUAAAAUGCAUCUGGUAGAAGUAUAUUCAUCCACAACCACAUUUAUUUUACAUUUUAAAUAAUCUUAAAUGCGUUUUUGUGAAUUUGAUGAGAUUGGCUUGAGACCCAUUCAGUACACAUGGACAUGAUUGGACAGUAAAGGGAAGUUACUUUCACACUGGAUUGGUUCUGUGCCACAAAGCCACCCUCAGCCACACAACACCUUUUCUAUUAUUUUUAGUCAUUUUAUUUUUUCUUAUUUUUAAAUAUAAUUGAUUGGUUUCUUUUACUAAAUAUUCAGGCUGUAGGUCUUUCCAUGAUACUAUAACAUAGGCCUGCAAAACUGUAAAAUGUUGUAAAAAUCUGUCUUUAAAUAUCAGUCUAAAUGGAUUGGCAACUUUUCCUGGUUUUAAUGUACGUUUGUUUUAAUGACAGGAGCUGUGGAAUUUAAUGUUAAAUAGAAAUCCUUUUAUUUGAUGUUUUUGUCAAUAAAAUAUAUUUUCAGUCUGA